CAGUACUUGCUAGACAAUCAGCAUCACAGGGUGCUUCGAGCCGCCCUGGCCACCACCACCUAUCACCACCUUCCUUGGUUUUCUCCACUGUCUGUUAUCGUCGAAACAGAGUUGGUUGUUUUGCAAACUGUUCCUUUGUUGUGGAUACAGUUGCACUCGAAAUUGGAUUUUGAGUGGAGAUGGCAGGCAGAGGGCGAGGAAGAGGAGGACGGGGAUGGGGACGAGGAGGUGGAUUUACUACAUUUGCUUCUCAAGUGCCGUUUGAUCUUUUUCCUGAGGAUGUUACUUUGCCUGAGUUUAAAAUUGAUGAUAUAGAUGUUAAUACCAAAAAGUUGCUUAGUUGGAGUAACAAGUUACAAAAUUACUGGAAAGCCUCUCCUUAUCUUUUGGAGGAGACAACCUCAAAGAAGAGGCAAUCAAUGCACGUAGAUAGGUUUUCUGAUAAGAAGACAAACGAAUUUACCCGUGACUCUCUGUCACAAGUGUUAACGUUCAAUGGUUUUCCUCAUGAGUUGGUUCAAGGUAAAUCCAAGCGAAUGUCAAGAAGAAAAAAGUUUCGAUGGAACCCAGAGUCAGAGAUGAAGAAAAUGGAUUUCUUUGAACAACAAGAGAAAACAAACCAGGGAAAAGAGGAAACCGAUGAAACCGAAAAGAAAGAGGGAGAAGAUGAAGAUGGAGAUGGAAAUGCAGAAGAGGAGGAUGAAGAAGAUAUGAGUGAUGAUGAUUAUAAUCAGAAUAUAGAUUUUGACGACGACGAUGAUGAUUUCAAUGAUGUAGAUGACGGGGAUGAUGAACCUAUCUAUUAAAUAUCAGUAUGGAGAAAGUUCUGCCCCACCCGUGACAGGCUAUAGCUUCUGUAAUCUUAACAGGUUGGGAGUUCAAAUUGUACGUUAGCCAUAUCUGGCUUAUAUUUUUCUGCUAAUUUGUCUACCUCCUUGUAAAUGUUUAGUUUAAACAAGUAUACAACUUGAGCAGAGAGAAAUUUUGUUUACAGAAAACUUGAAAAACAGCAUCUAUUUAUUUAGUAAUGUGUUAGUUUUUAAUCUA